AGAAAAUGUCAGUGUAGCUGAGAGACCCUAAACAGAAAACACACACCUCUACAUAACUGCCAAUCAGACGGAGGGGAGGCGUCAGCGAAGGUUAAAUAGAAAUAUUUUGGCCUGUAAGUGAACACAUCCGCUGACACGACUCUGAAGACAAGCGAUCCGUAACAUUGAUCAUCCUCCAUCCGCUCUGGCUCUGAUCUGAGGACAGAACGAUGCUCGGUUUGAUUCUAAUACCGCUGUUCAUUACAGUACUUAAAGCACAAGAAAACCAUGAAGUCAUUUACGCACAGGUAGGAGGGACUGUCACCCUACCCAGAGAAAAGAUUGAACAAACCAAAAAUAAAAAUAUUAAAACACAAGACAUUUAUGUGAACUGGUACAAUGGGUCAGAGGAUUCUCCAACUAUCAACAGGAACCCACAGAGUAACAUCAAUAGGGGGAAAGAAACAAACACGCGAUUCUCUCUGUCAGCAGAUUUCUCUCUCCAGAUCUCACCAGUUCAAGAGUCUGAUUUUGUCAUUUGGCGCUGUGAACAACAUGUAUUAGCAGGAACUUACAAAAACACCUACAAACUGUACAAAGUCUCAAUAACCAAAGUGCCUGCUCUGCUGGUUGGUCACGCCCUGUCUAUGAGAAUUAAAAAGGCUGAUAGUUCAGUUAAUCCCAGUGUAACAUGGAUUUUACCUAGAAAUGAAGGCUGUGAGGAAAAAAGGAAUUUCAGAGAUAUCUCUGUAUAUGUCUCCAAUGUGUCCAUGUGUCAUAAUGGUGUCUGGACGUGCCAGUUGAAGUAUGGAAAUAAAAAAACUGAGGCAACAACUACUGUUUCUGUAAUAGAUCUUGCCCCUUCACCAGCAGAUCCCGUUUAUACCUCUUUCCCUCCAUCCUCUACAGUCAGCAUUCCCUGUUCUUUGUCUUCUGCAAUUCCCUGGUCGGUCUUAAAUGAAAUUGGUCUUCAGGGUGGCAGCUGGAGCUUCACUCCUCUCAGUGAACCUCGGUCGCCUUCAUCUCUCCUCACCCUCAAUGUUGGUUCAGUGGUCCGAUGGGAUGUCUCAGAUGGCGCAAACUUCACAGACGGCAAAAGAGACAUAACUAACCACAACCUGUCCAUUCAGAAUCUGCGUGUAUCAGAAACAAUCAGAGGGGUUUACAAUUGCAGUCUGAAAUUCAACAACAAGACCAUCAGCCGUAAAGUCAAGGUGGAGGUUCUGAAGGUUUCCGUUUCUGGAGGUUCUAAAGUAUUUGAAGGCACAAGGGUGAAUGUGACAUGCUCAUUAGGACAUAUGGAAACCACUGGCCUCGAGGUGAAAUGGAAAUGUCCAUCAAACUGUCCUCCUUUCAAUCACAAGUCUCCGCCUCAUCUGUCAGUUCUGUCCUUCCCUAAUAUCAGGAUGAAGGACAAAGGUCAUGUCGAAUGUGAACUCUGGAAAAACGGCCAAAAGCUGACAUCUGCUCAGCUAUACUUAAAAGUUGAGAAAGCUCCAGUGGACAUCUGGCUUUGUAUUGCCAUCGGGAGUGGAGUGGUGGUCUUCAUCUUGCUUGUUGCAAUCGCCAUCAUAUGCGUUCGCAGACACAAGCAGAUGAUGAUGUACAGACGACGCAAGACCAGAUUCUGCUGCUGUAACAAUAAUAAACCGCCAAAGGGAUUCUACAAGACCUGAGGAUCUUCUGCUGUUCAAUUUUAUUACUGAUUUUCUAAUUCAAAGUUAAUGUACAGCUGUUUGUGCAAAGUAUGCCAUACCAGAAAAGACUGUGUUCAUCAGGCAGAUGAGGAUGCUGGGAUUUCUUUAUUAUUGUCAAAUACAAUAAUAAAAAUAUACAAAUACAGUAUUAUUUUAUUGUGUAAAUAUUUUGAUGAUAACAUGAUAUGAUGUCAUUUGUCUGGAGAAUAAACGUGCGACACAUUUCCUCGAGCAUAGUAUCACUAAAACAUUGAAUAAAAUUAUUUGCUACACUGUAA